UUCGGAGGAGUGCCCCGGGGAGCUCGGAGCGCUUGCACGCGUGGAAAACGGAGGAGGCCGGUGGCCAGCUUGAGUACCCAGGGCCCUAAAAGUUUCAAGUUGCCUUUUGCAGUGGCCAGAAUGAGAAAAAAGUGGAAGAUGGGAGGCAUGAGAUACAUCUUCUCCUUGUUGCUGUUCUUUCUUUUCCUAGAAGGAAGCAAAACAGAGCAAGUAAAACAUUCAGAGACAUAUUGUGUGUUUCAAGACAAGAAGUACAGAGUGGGUGAGAGAUGGCAUCCUUACCUGGAACCUUAUGGGUUGGUUUACUGCGUGAACUGCAUCUGCUCUGAGAACGGGAAUGUGCUUUGCAGCCGAGUCAGAUGUCCAAGCCUUCAUUGCCUCUCUCCCGUGCAUAUUCCUCAUCUUUGCUGCCCUCGCUGCCCAGGGGAUGGAGAAUUGUCGUGGGAACAAUCUGAUGGUGAUAUCUUCAGGCAGCCUGCCAACAGAGAAGCAAGACAUUCUUACCACCGCUCGCACUAUGAUCCCCCACCGAGCCGACAGGCUGGAGGCCUGCCCCGCUUUCCCGGGGCCAGAAGUCACCGGGGAGCGCUCAUGGAUUCGCAGCAAGCAUCAGGAACCAUCGUGCAGAUCGUCAUCAAUAACAAACACAAGCAUGGCCAGGUGUGUGUUUCCAAUGGAAAGACCUAUUCCCACGGCGAGUCCUGGCACCCAAACCUCCGGGCAUUUGGCAUCGUGGAGUGUGUGCUGUGCACCUGUAAUGUCACCAAGCAAGAGUGCAAGAAAAUCCACUGCCCCAGUCGAUACCCCUGCAAGUAUCCUCAAAAAAUAGAUGGAAAGUGCUGCAAGGUGUGUCCAGGUAAAAAGGCAAAAGAAGAACUUCCUGGCCAAACCUUUGACAGCAAAGGCUACUUUUGUGGAGAAGAAACCAUGCCCGUGUAUGAGUCUGUGUUCAUGGAGGAUGGGGAGACCACCAGAAAAAUAGCACUGGAGACAGAGAGACCGCCUCAGGUAGAGGUCCACGUUUGGACCAUUCGAAAGGGCAUCCUCCAGCACUUCCAUAUUGAGAAGAUCUCCAAGAGGAUGUUUGAGGAGCUCCAUCACUUCAAGCUGGUGACCAGGACAACCCUGAGCCAGUGGAAGAUCUUCACUGAAGGAGAAGCCCAGAUCAGCCAGAUGUGUUCAAGUCGUGUGUGCCGAACGGAGCUUGAAGAUUUGGUCAAAGUUUUGUACCUGGAAAGGUCUGAAAAGGGCCACUGUUAGAUGAGACAGACAGUAUUGGAUAGAGUAAAGCAAGAAAACUCAAGCUGCGGCUGGACUGCAGGCUUACUUUGCUUAAAUCAACAGUGCCCUAAAACCCCAAACUCAAAUGCAGUCAGUUAUUCACGCCAUGCACAGCAUAACUUGCUCCUUUAUUGGAGUGGUGUGUCAGCCCUUAAACGUCUCCUCCAAAGAGACUAGAAGAGUCUUGAAUUCUCUGUGGUAGGAAGAGGGCUAGAACGCCGCCGCAACCCUGCUCUAGUUUCUGGGAGAAUCGCAUUUCACAUUUCUUUACGGGUUAA